CCAUGAGUUGUCCCCCCCUCUCUAUACCUUCACAUCCACCUGUCCCGUAUCUCUCCCUUUGCGCCACUCCUCUACCACUCUAUCCUCCGUGCUCAAGACUCUGUUCUUCUACAUACAAUACCCCUCUCUCCUCCAUGCUAUAAGCUCGGGUACCUUGCGCCAUGAGCUAGGGUCGCGUGCGCGUCAAACGAAACAACCUCGAGCAUCAUACUGAUACACGCCUUCACCGCUUUAUCCUCACCACAUCACUUGGUCCGCAAUGUCGGCUUCAACCCGCCCAACUCCCUCCCGCAAAAGUUCGGCAAACCACCGAAGCACGCUUUCGCUACAAAGAACCGAGGUCAAGAUCCACAUAUAUGACUUGCUUCCCCCAGGAAAGGUCUCCACGGUGCUAUGGGCAAUUGGGAGUUCGCUUCUACACUCCGGUGUAGUGAUUGGCGAUAGAGAGUAUGCAUAUGGAGGCCACGACCAGCGCGGUAUGACGGGCGUCUAUUAUACAAAACCUAAGCAGGAGCCGCCGGGUGGGACUUUCAGACAAGCAGUGCUACAUGGAUUCUCGUUUCGUCCAGAAGACGAACUAAACUCGAUCAUUCAUCAGGCUUCCCAAGAUUUCAUGGGCACCUCGUACAACCUCCUUACUAAGAACUGCAAUCACUUUACCUCUUACCUCUGCGAGAAGCUGACAGGUCGUUCCGCACCGGGCUGGCUUAAUCGCGCCGCUAGCAUUGGCGUAGCUCUACCCUGCGUGGUACCACGGGAAUGGAUAGCACCACCGGAUCACGAUACAGCCGAUGGAGAGCUCCUAGAUGACGAAUUUGACGACGAGAGGUCGUCCAUGCUAAGGCACGAUCAGAGACGGCGAAGGCAUGAGGACGAGGCAGAGGAACGGGAAGCAGAAGAGGGCAUGCCUGGAGCUAGCAGUAGAAGUGGCACAAGCCAGCAAAGAGGUUUAGGAGGGCAUCCGAGAUACGAAGCAAGGAAUCACGCCCCACGGCUUGUCAAAGACACAAGCAAUCGCGAACUUCCUUCGGCGGAGCGGGCCCCGUUACCAAAACGAAUAACAUGA